AUAAACAAAGUCCAGGGCGACCGUAUUGCCCAGAGAUGCCGCAGCAAUCGCAUGGAGAUACGAAAGUCCCGACGGAUCUUCCAACUCCAUCGGAGAGGAUGAAGCUCCUCCCAGCCGCAUUGACCACGAGAACUAAAUGAAAAGGGGAGAAUCAUUGAGCGCUCGUGAUAUCGGGACCGUCGUCGUGACUCGUGAAGUCAACAUCAAGCCUAUUUUCCAAUCAAACGUUUGACCACUACCACACCUUGCAACCCUGCAAACUCGAGAAGCAAGUGAGUUCACGGUGUUAUGUCUUGUAGGCGCCACGAUCGAGCUCGGCUCAUAGGAUGUCGUGUUGGACCUUACCAAAUCCGGGGAUGCGGUAAAGGAUGUUGUCCAUAUCGCGAAGACAGUUACGAAGACAUCAUUCAGCACGAACGAUACACCUUCGGACCCCCACGUGGUGACGCAGAGAGCCUGCAAGCAUGGAAGGGCCGUGCUUCAUGCCUAAACCCAUAUCGUCCCAAAUUCGUUUGUGUGGAUUGUAGGCGGAGUUUCAAGCAAGCUGUCAUCGCUGAAAAUGAGUAUGACAAGAACGAGUUUGGCAGGAAGGAUAGGGUUCGCCCUGAACGCGAACGCAUUGCGCAUGUAUGGAAGGUUUAUAAGUUCAAGAUGCCGAGCCUGAAGAAGAUAUCGCCUGAUCAGUGGGGAGAGUUUCGACGUAAAGAGAACCUGUAUAAUGCCGAAGGGGAAGUGGCGUUCAAUGAGGAUGAGCUGCAAGCACUUCAAGAGCUCAGUCCGACAUUCCAUUGGAGAUCUUUCACGAAGAACAUACGUUGUCCUCAAUGCGGAAAGGAGGGUCGUCAUGUUGGGGGAACUUUUAGACCGUGCGCAAAGACCGAUGAUAAGGGUUGGGAGAGGAUCAGACAGAUGCUGGAGUCUGGCGAAGACUUCAGCUAUUGCAUGACGGAAGAGGAACAGUUGGAGGCUAUUCAGGAGGGUAAGAGGCUCAAGGAAAGGAUAGAGUUGGAGCAGGCGUGGACUGCGCUAAAAAAGGAGCGCAUUGCAACCCUGCAAAAUGCAAUCAGCUUAGGGGAACGCACACCAGAUGAGCAAGCAAAGUUUGACAAAGUUCGCAUGGUCAAGGACUUGUAAUCCCGAUUGAUCAUGCUGUAACAAGAAUUGUGGUUUGCUGUAUCAUAAAAGCAUAGUUUAUUG